CACCACCACCAGAAAUUUAUUAUUUUCUUACAGAAAAAGAUCCAAUAUCUAAAGUACCAUUUGUUGACAAAAUAAGAGCAUAUAAUCAAAUAUUUGUUUUUACAUCAAUUGCUACUGAUUUAGAUUUAGAUUUUGCAAAUAAAAAAAAGGGGGCUUAUAGUUAUAGAAUUCAGGCACAAAUUGAUAGAAAACAUAACGUAAUGAAGCAAGAAUUAAACAGAGAUAUGAUAGAAAAUAUCCAAAAUGUAUUAAUGGAUUUAAAUCCUUUUGUAGACACUUAUAUAUCUGCAGAAAAUGAGAAUCUACAAGACCCUUUAUAUUAUAUUUUAAUACAUAAUAAGCAUGCUCAAUACCCUGAAGCCUCUAAAACUUCUGAAGCUAAAGCUGGAGCAAGUGAUAUCUCUAAUAUUGACUUUGAUACUUUAUUAGAAAGAGAAUCACAAA